AUGCCUACGGAAUUAGAAGAGCUCGUCGGCUUCAUAGCCCACCCCAACCCUCAGAUCCGGCAGCUUGCAGUCGAGAAUCUUGUGCCGUACUCGACCGUCCAGCCCGCUAUCUUCAAGGUCAACCAGCUUGUCCCUGUGAGAAACUUGAAGAUCUUGGUACGGGAUCAUCCUAAAAUUGCAGAGCAUGCAAUCACCAUCAUGGUCAACCUCUCUGCGGAUAAUGAGAUUCUAGAGAAUCUGGCGAAGGAUGACUCAUUUCUGGAGCUGAUCUUGUCUCGUGUAACAAAUCCGUCCGAGCCCAAUGCCAACCUCUUGGCUAUGUUAUUGGCCAACCUUGCCAAAUGGGAUGGGCUAAAGAACAUAAUACGUCGGAAACAGGCUGCACCGGAGACUCUGAAGUCAGACGAGCUCGUCCUCAACCAGCUUCUGGAUCUGUUCGUGAAGGGCCACGAUGGGUCCUUCAACAAACAUGCCGAUUUUGACUACCUUGCUUAUCUUUUCGCUGACCUUGCGAAGCACCCGGAAAUACGCCAGUUUUUUGUCAAGAAGCAAGAAUACGACGAUUCUGUGCCGCUGACCAAGCUGAGAGUUUUCACCGACCACAAAUCCGACAUCAGAAGGAAAGGAGUCGCCAGCACCAUCAAGAAUGUGGCGUUUGAUGUGCCUUCUCACCCUGCGUUUUUCGCGGAAGAUGAGAUCAACAUCCUUCCUUAUAUUCUCCUACCCAUCAUGGGAGACGAGACCUACGAGCCAGAUGAUAUGAUGGAUAUGUUGCCAGAUCUGCAGCUCUUGCCCCCGGAUAAGAAGCGGGAUCCAGACAACAAUAUCGUGCAGACUCAUGUGGAGACCUUGAUGCUACUAAGCACUACAAGGGAAGGCAGGGACCUUAUGCGAGAGGUCAAAGUCUAUCCUAUCAUCCGCGAAACUCAUCUCCGGGUUGAGGACGAAGGUGUUCAGGAGGCGUGUGAGAGGCUAGUCCAGGUGCUGAUGAGGGACGAAGAGGACCAGAGCUCUGCAACACGUGUCGAGGAACUGGACGACGACGAGCGUGUGGUCGAGGUAUAA